UGUAGGUGUCAUUAUUGCAGUCUUAGAAUCUAUAAAUUACUGGUACCCCACUAGCUCUUUCCCAUUGCCAACGUUUCAUUGUGCAGCACAGAUUAUUAAAUAGUCAGAAAAUGAAGUUUAAAAAGGUUCAGCUACCAGCAGUCUGGAUCACAAGCUCCAGAAGUUUGUGGACCACUUGGAGCAGGUACAUGUUCUAAGGACCGUUGUCAACAGCUUGAAGGAGGAGACGUUGGGCAUCAGGAGUGACCUUCAACAGAGGAGCAAACUUGAAGAGGACAAGGCAAACUUGGAAUCUGAAAAUAAGGUGCAUGAAAAAGAUAUAAAGGAUACAGCAAAAAAGUUGAAGCCCCUGCAGAGCAAGAUGGACAAAUAAAGAUCAAAUAAGGAAAAGUUAUUAAAGGAGAAAGAGAAAAUGUUGGAAACUGCUAAAGCUAAGGAAGAAAUAGUGAGAGGCAAUGAAAUUCGGGUGAAAAAUUUUAAUCUUGAUAUUAAAAGUUACAAUCAGUCUGGUAAAGCAGACCGACUGAAGAGAAGUCGUGAUAACAAAGAUCAGAUUGAAAGGGAAAUGAUCUCCAUAGACAAAGAAUUAAAGGAGGCCGUGACUAACAUAGAUAAAUUAAGAAAAGACAUCUCUACACAAAAGGUUCGAGAACUUAAUCUUCAGAAUAAUCUGAACUUGAGAAAUAAACAGAAAGAAAUAGAGGAGAUUAGUAGAAUGAUUGCCGACCUGAAGAGUAAACUCGGGAAUGUAGAUGUGGCUUACAUAUGUAGGGAGCAAAGUCGUCUGGAACGAGAGAUGGAAAACUUAAGAAAAGAGCGUCACACUGCUGAAGGUCGGCAAACAGAGUUGGAGAACCAGAUUAGAGGAACUAAAAGGGAGUUACAGACAGACAUGUAUAAAGGGGCGGACGAGAAGUACCGCAACAAGAUGAUAGAUAAAAGGACAACAGAACUGGCAAACGGAGAUCUUGAGAAGUAUUACAAGGCACUAGAUAAGGCCAUUAUGAAUUACCACAAAAUGAAGAUGGCAGAAAUCAACAAGAUUAUUAGAGACCUGUGGAGGCAGACCUAUAGAGGACAAGACAUUGAGACUAUAGAGAUUCAAUCUGAUGAGAAUGAUUCGGCAGCCAUUACGACACGGAAGACAUAUAACUAUCGUGUGGUGAUGAGAAAACCAGGAGAUGUUGUAAUAGACAUGAGAGGAAGAUGUAGUUCUGGACAGAAGGUGCUUGCUUCCCUGAUCAUACGUCUUGCCCUGGCUGAGACAUUCUGUUUGAACUGUGGUAUCUUAGCCCUUGACGAACCGACAACUAAUCUGGAUAGGGAAAAUCUUGAGAGUUUAGCUGGUGCACUGGUUGAGAUCAUUAAAGGUCGUAUGCACCAAAGAAAUUUCCAGCUUGUGAUUAUUACCCACGAUGAAGACUUUGUGGAGUUGCUUGGUAGAUCAGAAUAUGUGGACAAGUUCAUCAGAGUUGGGAAAAAUCAGUUUGGAUGUUCCAGGCUUAAAAGUACAGAGGUUGCUGAACUUAGCAGAUGAAUUCAGUAUAAGAUGGACAAUAUAAAUACAGCUUAUUAGUGAACCAAACAUUUUAUUUCACAGUGAUAUGAACUGAAAUGUUUUACAGUCAAGUGAUUUGAUUAACAGGAACAUUGUUAUAUAUAGCCAGAAAUGCCAUAAGAAGUUGUGUUCAUGAUGAUUAAUACUAUGCAUUUAUAUUGUUUGUUCAAGGUAAAUUGUUGGACAUUGAACAAAUGUAAUGUAGAUAAAUGAGCCGCGCCAUGAAAAACCAACA